CGAUGCUGACGCCCGCCUUCGACCUGAGCCAGGACCCUGACUUCCUGACGGUCGCCAUCCGCGUGCCCUAUGCCCGCGUCUCGGAGUUCGACGUGUACUUCGAGGGGGUCGACUUCAGGUUCUACGCGCGGCCCUACUUCCUCAGAUUAACUCUUCCUGGGAGAAUUGUAGAAAAUGGAAAUGAACAAGGAACCUAUGAUGCAGACAAAGGAAUUUUUACCAUUCGGUUGCCCAAAGAAACUCCUGGCCAGCAUUUUGAGGGGCUGAACCUGUUAACUGCUCUUCUGGCACCCAGGAAAUCCAGGAGUGCAAGACCACUUGUGGAAGAACUAGGGGGUUCUGAGGUUUCUGAGGAAGGAGUGGAAGAAGAUGAUGAAGAGUUUGACUGGGAAAUUGAACAGUCACCCUAUGAAGAGGCAUCAGAAGAUGCUCUGAGUUCCCAGUGCCACUAUGGUUUUGGAGAUUUACGAUCAGGAGUGUUUCAGCGGUUACAGGAUGAACUGAAUGAUAUUAUCGAUAUUAAGGAUCCAGACCACACUUCGGCAGCUGAACGAAGGCAGCAACGUCUGACUGCUGAGCUAGCCAAAUUUGAUUCUGAUCAUUAUCUAGCUGACUUUUUCGAAGAUGAGGCGGUUGAACAGGUUUUGAAGUAUAAUCCAUGGUGGACUGAUAUAUAUUCGAAAAUGGUAGCCUCUUUGGGAAAGAAUCAAGAAAAUCACGAUGCAAUAGUGUCUUUUUCUGAAGAUGAGAAAUACCAGCUGCGAAAAUUUGUCAAUAAAUCUUACCUGCUGGAUAAGAAAGCCAUUUGUCAGGUGUACUAUGGAUUGCUUGACAUCCUUCUGGCAUAUUGCUACGAAACCCAAGUCACUGAGGGAGAGAAGACGGUUGAGUCUGCGUGGAAUAUCAGAAAACUGAGUGCAACACUGUGCUGGUUUGAGACUUGGGCUAAUGUUCAGGAGAUCCUGGUGUCCUUCGGAAGAAGAGUUUUGUGCUACCCUCUUUAUCGUCAUUUCAAACUGGUGUUGAAGGCCUCUGAAGACACUGUAAAGAUACUACAACUGGGUAAAAGUGCAGUGUUAAAGUGUCUACUGGAUAUCCACAAAAUUUUUCAGGAAAAUGACCCAGCUUACAUUCUAAAUGAUCUUUACAUCUCAGACUACUGUGUGUGGAUUCAGAAAGCCAAGUCCAAAAAGUUGGCAGGUCUUGCAGAAGCCUUAAAGGAAGUCUCUCUGACAAAGGCACAGCUGGGAUUGGAACUGGACGAACUGGAAGCUGCAGCACUUCUUGUCCAGGAGGAAGAAAGUGCAUCGAAAGCAGUUCAUUCCAUUUCUGGGCAGAACACUUCCAGCUCGACUUCUGAGACCAGUGAUUCGGAGGAAGCAGACAGCACUGCAGCCUCUGAGUCCCAGGACUCAGAUUCAGAACCAGAGGAGCUCAAGGAGAGCAAGGCAGUGGAGAAGAGCCCCUCUGUGGAUGAGAGCAACUUCCCAUCCCUCCGCACUGAUGGGGCGCGCAGAAACCCCGGGCACAACGAGGCCAGUCAGGGAGGGCCACUCACCUCCUGCAGGCAUCCUGGGGGGCCCCGGCCGCUGAUAGAGGAGCUUGGAGAACAGCUGGAGACUGUGGUUCAGAUUGCAGAGUCCAGGGCAGUCGCUGCUGGGACCCACAGCAGUGCACAGGACAGAGUCAAUACGGAGACUCCGGAGGACUGA